CUGUAGUACCGGGAGCCGGGUCAACAUGGGGGGUAAUGUACUCCGAAGCUGGCAGUCGCCGGAGACCGCGGACACAGUGGGAGCUUCGGACUAGCGGUCCAGGCUUGGAGUUCGCCUCAGACGCGGCGGGACCGCCCUGAUCUGAGAAGGACUUCAGGCACAAUGGAGGACAAACGCAACAUCCAGAUCAUCGAGUGGGAACACCUGGACAAGAAGAAGUUCUAUGUGUUUGGUGUGGCAAUGACAAUGAUGAUCCGUGUCAGCGUCUAUCCAUUCACCCUCAUCCGCACUCGGUUGCAGGUUCAGAAAGGCAAGAGCCUCUACCAUGGGACGUUUGACGCCUUCAUCAAGAUCCUGCGAGCAGACGGUGUGACUGGCCUCUACCGGGGGUUCCUGGUCAACACCUUUACCCUCAUCUCGGGCCAGUGCUAUGUCACCACUUAUGAGCUCACCCGGAAGUUUGUAGCUGACUAUAGCCAGAGCAACACAGUCAAAUCGCUGGUGGCCGGUGGCUCAGCCUCUCUCGUGGCCCAGAGCAUCACAGUGCCCAUUGAUGUGGUCUCCCAGCAUCUGAUGAUGCAGCGUAAGGGUGAGAAAAUGGGACGCUUCCAAGUGCGAGGGAACCCAGAGGGACAAGGGGUAGUUGCCUUUGGCCAAACUAAGGACAUCAUCAAGCAGAUCCUGCGGGCUGAUGGGCUUCGAGGCUUCUACCGAGGCUAUGUGGCUUCACUGCUUACCUACAUCCCGAACAGUGCUGUUUGGUGGCCCUUCUAUCACUUCUAUGCAGAGCAGCUCUCACACCUCUGCCCUAAGGAGUGCCCUCACAUCGUCUUUCAAGCCAUCUCAGGGCCGCUGGCUGCGGCUACUGCUUCCAUCCUCACCAAUCCCAUGGAUGUCAUCCGAACCCGAGUGCAGGUUGAGGGCAAGAACUCCAUCAUCCUGACCUUCAGACAGCUGAUGGCAGAAGAGGGGCCUUGGGGCCUCAUGAAGGGCCUCUCAGCCAGAAUCAUCUCAGCCACGCCCUCUACCAUUGUCAUUGUGGUGGGCUAUGAGAGCCUCAAGAAACUCAGCCUCCGACCUGAGCUGGUGGACUCGAGACACUGCUACCAGAAAUUCACUGACUGUUACAAGCGCUUUUACCAGUUGCAACCUGAGAUGACACAGCGAAUCUAUGACAAGUUUAUAACUCAGUUGCAGACAUCUAUCCGGGAGGAAAUCUCUGAAAUCAAAGCAGAGGGGAACCUGGAGGCCGUCUUGAAUGCUUUGGAUACAAUAGUGGAAGAAGGCAAAGACCGCAAGGAGCCUGCCUGGCGCCCUAGUGGGAUACCGGAGAAAGAUCUGCGCAGCACCUUGGUGCCCUACUUCCUGCAGCAGCGGGACACCCUGCAGCGCCGCGUGCAGAAACAGGAGGCUGAGAACCGGCAGCUGGCAGACGCCGUCCUGGCCGGGCGCAGGCAGGUGGAGGAGCUGCAGCUGCAGGGCCAGGCCCAGUGGCAGGCCUGGCAGGCUCUACACAAAGGACAGAAGGAGCUGGUGGCCAUGCUGAGGGAGCCUGAGUAAGGGGGAGACGUGCAGGCCGGGAGUAGAAGGUGGUCAAGAUCGGAAGCCUGUAGCAAGCUGCCCCUGAGAAUGACUGAAAUGUUGCCCCACCCCUAAGCAGUGAUAAAAUUUGCUGAGGGAUGAUGCCUGAGCGGCCCCCACUGCCAUUGUGCCUUGGGACUCCCUUGAGGUCACACAUACAUACUACCUUCAGAUUCCUCUCCGUUUCCUUAUAAUUUGAGGCUUGUUUGCCAGGUCCCACCUGGGAAUCAGUCACCAUACCUUCGCUCCUUCAGGUUCUGGUUGACACCUCCACUUCCCCCUCCCCGCACCCCCCGCCCACACACACACGACCCCCUGCCAGCUCCCGAGCCCUCCCUAGGACCUGGCUUGGGGAAUCUGUUUUCAAUCUCCGCUGAUUGCCAUGUUCUCUCCACAUCCGUAAAUAAACUUCCUCU